AUCUGAAUUACUUCCAUACAGAACCUACAACGUUGAUGUUUAUGCACGGAACAGCGCAGGCAAAGGCGCAAACUCGAAUGUUUCAUUCAGGACGAAUAUUGACUAUCCAGACAAACCCACCGGUGUUUACACGGGAAAUAAAACAGCGUCUUCUCUACUGAUUAACUGGGCAAAGGCUGAUCAUUUUAAUGGUCCGACAAAGUAUAUGGUGCUAAUAAACGAUUUAACUAAUGGUUCCAUCAUUAUUCCGCCGUGCACAACUGCUGUUGGUGAUUGGACAGACAAGCUGUCGACCGAAUGCAAUGUGCCUGGACUGGACGCGUAUUGGAAGUACGACAUUGUUGUUGAAGCAAUUACGUUUGAUGAACGUGUUGGCGAAUUAACAAAAAGCUCCGAAAAGAAAACAUUUAUAACUGCAGAAGCCGUUCCUGGACCUGUUGCGCAAUUCGAUGUAAUACCUGAAGACAACGUAUUGGAGGUACGAAACUUCCGUAUUGACUGGACUCGACCUACUGAGCGGGAUUUAAACGGCAUCUUAACAGGAUUUGUAAUCCACUAUCAAAGUGAACAGAUACAAGCUUGUACAAGUGUAGGGCCUGGAGAAGCUGUCCAUGAAGAGAUCACUGUGAAACCUGGAGGUAAAGACACGUAUUUAUAA